UAAAUUGUAGAAAUGGGCGGGGUUUGUGACUGUGGUAUAUAAACUAGUGACGGGGGUUGAGCAGAUGCCGCGUUUAAGUACUAGUCGGAACUAGGAAACUCUGAAUUUUCGGACUCGCUAACUGUUCGAUCGCGUCGCGUGUAUAACUAGGCUACAACCUUUAGCGAGUCGAACAUUUCAGAAUUUCCUAGUUUCGACGAACGCGUGAACGCGACAAGACAGACCUGUGCGAGCGGCCUGUUGCUACUCACUACGUAGACACAGUUUAAACUCUGUACUGUCUUUGACGUAGGUGUCGUUUGCCUGCUAGUGGCUUUCACUGUAAAAACAUGGCGAGGUUUAGCGAGCAUGGGAUUCGCCUCAGUUCCAUGAGUCCGUCCUUCCUGAAUAGUAAUUCAACAAGUCAUACGUGGCCUUUCAGCGCAGUUGCAGAACUAAUAGAUAAUGCGUCAGACCCGGGCGUGACAGCCAGGCAGAUCUGGAUAGAUGUGGUGGAGGAACAGCAACAGCUCUGUCUGGCCUUCACUGACAACGGCAGCGGCAUGACCCCCAACAAACUGCACAAAAUGCUCAGGUGAGAAACAAGCUUACAUACGU